CAGAACUACUCUUCACAUACACAUUUUGCUUGAUGACUGUCUCACCUGAUGCAUCCUCUACAUCUUUUAACAAGUAACGAUGGACCAGAAUUUCUUGUGUAUCAGCUUGUGUAUCUUGUGUGUGUUUCAAUCAGUUGUGGCAUUCAACAUUGAUCCUGUUAAAUGGAGAAGUUUCAAAGGACCUUCAGAGAGCCAAAACGUUGCCUUUGGCUAUAAGAUAAUACAGAGAGAAUCAUCAAGAGUUAUUGUGAGUGAUCCUCUAAUUCAAAUCAACCAGGAAAGAAGAGGGAAAAUUUAUAGCUGUCCUGUCACACAACAAACCUGCUCACCAUUGGACAUUAAUGUGCCAUCUGAAGCUGUCAACAUGUCUCUUGGACUUUCCAUGAUUCAUGAUCAAAAAUCUUCAAAAUUGGCGAUUUGUGGUCCCACCAUUCCAAAGAACUGUAAAGGAUUCACUUCCUACAAUGGCAUGUGCUUUAUAAGUGAAAACAAUGUGGUUAAACCACCUAUACCAAGCUCUCUAAGAGACUGCCCUGGUCAGAUUGAUAUAGCUUUUUUAUUAGAUGGCUCUGGGAGUGUAGGGUGGAACAAUUUUAACACAAUGAAGAGGUUUGUGGCAAAUGUGAUUAAACGGUUUGCUGGGCGGGAUGCACAGUUUGCCAUUGCACAGUACUCUGUUUAUUGUUCCAUUCACUACGACUUCAUUCAACUCAGUCAAAAAAGCACGUGGGAAGAAAAUGUGAUGAAUAUAAAUUACAUGGGUGGUGGAACCUUGACUGCAAAUGCCAUCAUACAAGUUGUGAAUGAUCUAUUUACACCAGCUAGAGGGGCAAGACCAUCAGCAAAUAAAAUCCUGCUUGUUGUUACUGAUGGACAGUCACAAGACGGCGACAGACUGGCAGAAGCAGAAUCACUGGCAAUGAAAAAGAACAUCAUACGAUUUGCGAUUGGGGUUGGUGCUGCUUUUGAUUAUCCCACUGCAAGAGAGGAGUUGAAUAAAAUUGCUACAGAUCCAGAUAUUGAUCAUGUGUUCAAGGUGACAGACUUUGAUGCACUGAACAGUAUUCUUCAAAAACUAGAAGAGAACAUUAUUGCUAUUGAAGGAACCCAAACAUCUGGUGAUUCCUCCAGAAUGGAGUUUGCACAGGAUGGAUUCAGCACAGCUUUCACAUUAUAUGGAAGUGUGUUACUGAGUGCUGUGGGAGCUUACCAGUGGAAAGGUGGAUAUGAGGAAUAUGCAUAUGGUUCCUUUCAAUCAGGCAGUGAACAUGACAGUUAUUUAGGUUAUUCAAUGGCUAUUGCAACACUGUCAAACAUCCACUUUGUAAUUCUGGGAGCACCAAGAUACAAGCACCAAGGUCAAGUCAUUGUUUCACUACUCAGAAGCAACAGCGUUCUGUCCCUCAUCUUUUCUCAGCCUCAGAUUGGGUCAUACUUUGGAGCUGAGGUGUGUGUGGUGGACUUAAACUCGGAUGCCAUCACAGACCUCUUGUUGGUUUCAGCACCAACAUAUACAGAGGCUGACCGAGAGGGCAAAGUCUUUAUUUACUCUUUUCUGUCUUGCAGCCGUACUUUACUUUAUCAGAUCACGGUUCUGGUGGGCAUGGCAGGGCAGAGAGGACGAUUUGGCUCUUCUCUGUCCAGUCCAGCAGAUCUGAAUGGAGAUGGUUUCAUGGAUGUGCUGAUUGGAGCUCCCUUGGAAGAAGAUGGACAGGGCAGCAUCUACAUUUUUAAUGGAGGAGUAGAUCGAAUAAAUCCAACAUAUUCACAGAGGAUUGCUGGAUCAUCUGUGCAACCAGGUUUGCGGUUCUUUGGGAUUUCACUAAGUCAGUCCUCUCUAGACCAGAGUGGAGACAACCUACCUGACAUUGCUGUUGGGUCCAUGGGAGCAGUUCUAAUUUUCAGGUCCAGACCUAUCAUGCGCUUGGAAACAAAAGUAAUUUACAAACCAUCUAAAAUCCCAACCAGUGAAACAGACUGCCAAAAGACACUGGAAAACACUCUGACAGUGUGCUUCACCAUGAGUGCAUACAAACAUGCCAUAGCAGAUUUGGCUGCAAAAAUUAAUUACACCAUAAAGCUGGAUGCCAAGCGACAGAAAUUUCGAGCAUACUUCUCAAAAGAUAACCGUGUCCUCAAUGAUCAAAUGACUGUUGGGAUGAAGGAAGAAUGCAAGGAUCAUCGUUUCAUCAUAGAUGCUUGUUCAGAAGAUUCCCUGAACCCGUUGUCCAAUCAGUUAACUUUCAUAUUUGAAGGACUUCCAUCUACAAAAAUGGAAGACUUGAGGCCAAUACUCCUGCCAGAGAUAAAAAACACUUCAGAUCACAAUUUGGAUUUUGAGAUAAACUGUGGAACUGAUAACCUCUGUGAGGAUGAAAUCAGAAUGGAUUUCAAUACUUCUGGAUCUACAAACAUAGAGGUUGGGAUCAUGCAAGAGAUUAAUGUGACAGUGUUUGUGGAGAACAGAGGAGAAAACUCGUACAACACUGACUUCACCCUCAAAUACCCCUUUGGACUUUCUUACAGAAGAAUCACCUCUAAACAGGGCAGAGUGGAGUGUGUGUCUCUUGAUGGUGAGCCAGGGGUUUUAUUGGGAGAGACCAUUUGCCACAUCAGUAGCCCCAUCCUUAAAGCCUAUGCUCAGGCUGUGUUUGAGAUUACAUACAUUAUAAAUAGAGAAAGUAUGUUUGGAAAUAAUGUGACAUUUAGUGCUUCGGUCAAAAGUGGGAAUGACAAACACUCUGAAAACAGUGAAUUAUCCAAGGAGAAAACCAUUGGUGUCAAAUACGCCAUCUAUAUUGCCUUGAUUAGGCAUGAAAAUUCCAGCAUCCACAUUAAUUUUACUGCAGGAAAAAAGGAUCUUCAGAGACCAGUGCAACAAAUAUUAAAGGUUGAAAAUGACUUUAGAGAAUUAGCUUUCAAAGUUUUCAUCAGAGUGCCAGUGAAACUGGGUGAUAUUAACAUCUGGACAAAUACAGAUUUACAAAUUUUAGGCUGCAAAAAGAAUAUGUUGGAGCAACCUGUAAUCACCAAUUUUAUGGAAGUUAUUAAAAAUCAACAUGUUGUGAACUGCUCUGUUGCAGCAUGUGAAGUGUUCAGUUGUGAUGUUAAUCUCAUGAAAAAUGAAAGGAAACUCUAUUAUAUAUCUGAAAAUGUGAGCUCUGGAUGGAUUGAGCAGAAUGGGCUCAGAGCUGCUACUUUUCAGUUGGUCAGUACAGCAUCUCUGGAUUAUGACAAGAGCAAAUAUGUUUUCUUCUCCACUGAUUCUCAACACACUGCUAUAACUGUCCAGAUUAAUACCCAAGUGGAGGUGUAUGAGGAGGUGGAUCAGACAAAAGAGGUCAUUGGUGGGGUAAUAGGAGGACUGCUGCUACUGGCCCUCAUCACAGCAGCCCUUUAUAAGGCUGGAUUCUUCAAAAGCCGAUACAAGCAGAUGCUGGAAGAUGCAAAUGCGGAUGCAGGAGGGGAGCCAUUAACAGAACAAUAAUGUUUCCAUCUAUAGAUUUAUUCAAAAUUUAAGUCAUAAUUUUUAUGAAAAAAAUGUAAGAUCCUAUAUAAAUUAUGUUCUGCAAACAGUAUGUUAGAAUUUAUCGAUUUUAGAAUGAAACAUGAAAAUCUCUUUAACCACUCAAAGUAACAGAAUCAUUGCACAUGAUUAGAAAAUGUAGAAAGUGUUACAAAAACUGAUAAAGAGUGUGAACUGUAACAGAAAUAUUGGACUGCUUACGCUAGGUUUGCCUACCUCUUUCUCAGCUUUUCAGUUUUUUAUUAUUAUUUUAUUGUAGUUUUUUUUUUUUUUCUGAUUUCCAGGUAAAGGGCAUUUUGAGGUCUGGGUGUAUUUUGGGGAGGGAAAAAGAAUAUUGGGCUGGCAUCAUACUCAGCAUGCUAAACAGCUUCAUUCAAAUAAUUCUGGUGACCAGGCCAUUGAGAACAAAGGUAUAGAGGGAAUAUAGAGGAAUAGAGGGUGAAUAAAGAUAGACACACAGCUAUUCGGUUGGAAUCAUUUUCCAGAUCAACACAUCAUUAACCUAUUCCUAACCAAAUUAAAAUCGCUCCCUUUAUAGUGCACUAUGUUGCAUUCACAAGCUAUAAGGCAUAAUAAAUUAGCGAGAGUGAUAUCGGGCACAGAAAAUGUCUGUCCAAUGAUCACAUUUAUUUAGUCUAUUGUGCAUGUGUAUGUGCUUUUAAAAUUGUCCGAUCGGACGGUUAUUUCCUUUUAAAUAUGCACAAAACCGUAAAGUUGAAAAAUCUUGU